UCCCUCCAGAGCAGGCAUUGUGUCAGUAGCAGACCAAAGGUGGGGAACAGCAGAGCUUGCCCGAUUGCAAAAAUACUUCCUUGCACAUCUUUCUGUAGGUGCCAGUCUGCAACCUUCCAGGGCUAUUGAAAAGAUUAGUGAGAAUGUAGGCAGGCUGUGCUUUAAAUGCUUCCAGGAACUUCAAAGUAAAUGCUAGGGAUUGAUUUUUCCCUCCCUGUUUUCUGCCCUUCCAUAAAAUGGCCACUACCAUCAGGGACAUAACCUGCAAAGUAUUCUGCGGAAGGACAGGCCAGUGAGAGUCUGGUUUUGUUAAACAGGACUUGAAAUUGGAAGAAGAAAAGCUGUUGCAGAAAAAGUCCGAGAUCCGGCAGGCUGAUGUAACCCUACACAAUGUCCUCCAAGAGAAAAAGCAUGUGGCUUUGGAACUGGGGGCCUUGCACAAGACCCUGGAAGAGAGCUAUAAGGAAGCAAAGAGGCUGGACUUGUGCCUGAAACAGCAUCAAACCAAAGUGGAGGAGGCAAGGGCUGAUCUGGUGCUCCUGGAAUAUAAGCGGGAUGCCUGCCUGAGGGAACUGAUGGAGCUGGAGAAGGAGUUAAGCAUUCUGAGGCGACAGCGCAGCCAGUAUGGGGUUGUCCACGCAGAGGUUUCUCGACUGGUAACUGAGCGAGAGGAGUUGGAUUCUCAGGUGCGCCACCAAAAACUGCAACUCAGGAGCUGCAAAGCAGAAGUAGCUGCCAUGCAGGAAACAGCUGGAGCCAGGACUGAGCAGCUGCAGGAGGUGGUUCAAGCUGCCAGUGAGUUGGACAGGCGAACCCGGGAGCUGGAGCAGAGGGUCUUGGCACUGCAAAAGAUCCUGUCUGAAAAGGAGCUGGAGCUGUUGAGACUGCACAAGACCAUCUUUGCCCUGGAGGCUGAAAAGGAGCGCUGGGACUCUGCUGUAGAAAGCCUGAAACAGGAACACAAGCGGCAGGUGGAGAAGCUGCAGGUGGAGGCUGUGCAGGAGAAGGAGAGGGAUUUCGCUCAGCUGCAGAAGGAGAAGCAACAGCUGGUGCAAGAGUUGACAGAGAAAACAGAGCAAACAAAGACCAAAGCUCUCCAAGAGCAAGCAUCCACCUUCCAGAAGGAAGUAGAGGAUCUCCGCAAGAUCAUAGAGGACCGAGAUGCAGAACUUGCCCGACAGCAGGAGGCCACGCACCAGCAGGCGAGGAAGCUGAAGCAGGACGCCGAGGAGAAGGUUCAGAGCUCAUUACUCCAGGAGCAGCAGAAGUGGGAAGCUGACGCAAAGGUGGCCCUCCAUAUGCAGAAGGAAACGCUGGAGGAACAAUGCCGGAAUACGCAGACAGAGCUCCAGGAAGCCCUGGAGGAAGAGAGAAGGAGUCGCUAUGCUUUGCAGGCCGAAACAGACGGCCUCCAUAAAAGAAUCCAGGAGCUGGAGACUCAGGCCCAGUUGCUCCAGGGUGAGAAGAGGACAGCACUGGAAGAGCUGCGAGUGCGUCUGCAGGAGGAGAAAGCUCAGGCACUGAGCCAGCUGCGAGAGGAGUUGGAGCAGGAGAGAAACCAGAUGAGAGCAAGAUUGCAGCAGAUAGAAUUGGAUCGGAGACUCCUGCAGGCUGAACAGCAAGGGGCCUUCCCCUGGGAGCAGGGAGAUCACACUCAUGCUGAAUGGACAGAUCGCUCCCUGGCCAGGGAGGUCACCUUAGCCUGCCAGCGGCUCCAGCACCUGCUUCCCAAGCAAGCUGGCACACCCAGCCUCUCUUGGAUGUUUCGUGGGAGUUUGGCUUUCCUCUCCACCAGCCAUGCACUCCAGGCCUUGCAAGAGGUGAGUGAAGAAACACAGUGCUACCUCCAAGACCUAAAGCAUGAGAUAGAGACACAGAAACACAACAUCCGCCAGCUCCAGAGAGAGAAGGAAGAAGAGCUGAGGCAGCAACAGGAGCGGCUUCGCCAGGAGAGCCAGGCAAAUCUAGAAGCCCUGAAGGAUCACCUGGUCCAGGAGCACAUGAAAGACAUUGCCACCCUCCAGCGCAGCUGGGUGAAGGAGAAGCGCAUGGGGGAAAAGCAUGUGCUACUCAAGCAGCUGCAGGAGAAGGACGAGGAGCUGCGGGCAGUCCAGAGGAGCAUGGCCUGCUGGAAGGACGAGACAGCCCGUAAGCUGGCCCACAAAUUCCAGAAGCAGCUGGAUGCAGAACUAGAGCAGUGCCACUCCAAGGAUGAAUCCAUGGACAUUCACAGGCAACUAGAGACCACAGAGUCAGAAAUCAGAGUCUCCUGCAUGAACCUCGGUGAAGACCUCAGGCCCCAUUCUGUUGGCUCCUUAUCACUGAAGUCUGCACCAUUGCCCAGACAACACAAUUUCGGCACCCCAAAGCUACUGCACCACUUGCAGAGCCAAAUCCAGGCACUGAGGUCUGAGAACACUCUAUGCCUGGAGGACGUCAGCAGGCUCAGGGAAGGUCUGGACACUACCUACAGGAGCAAGAGGCAUCUGGCUUCGGAUCUCUCAUCCACUCAGCUCCAUGGGAAAAGCAUCAGGAACUAGAACAGUCCUGGAAGGGGUGCAACAGCAAGCACAUUUGUCAGCAUGCCCCCAGCAAUGCUGCUUUGAACAGACCUGUGGCUCAGGAAGGAGCAGCCGUAGCAGCAGAAUGGAGACUUUGAAGUCAUGUGCUGCUGUUCUGCAAGAGCCAACAAGCAACACAGGCUUCUGAAUGAUAAGAAGCUCAGACCUGCUUUUGCACUGUGUACACUGUACAGGUGCAGUUCCUCUUUGUCUAAAAGGCUGCCCUCACCUGCCAAACAAGUCUCCUGAGCGGAAUUUGACAGUAGCCCUGCUACAGAGUGGUGGAAUGACUUGACACUGACACAUGAUCUGCUCCGGAUGGAGAACGCUCUUAAGCCUUGACUUUUCAAGCAAACUGGUUUGGAUGCUCUGUACAACUGUGAAUCCUUAACUCUGUUCUGCUGCACUGGACUCAUGCAAUAAGAACAGAUCUUAAUGGAGGUAUGGAGGGAUUACACAACAAGAGUAUGUACUAAAUGUGUACUUUUUCAUAGCUAUGUAGUGGGGGAAAUUUGUUGCUGAGAAAUGGCAGCAGGGAGAUACACACUCUUCCUUGUCCUUCCUACUGAGAACUGACUCUUUCCCAAGCUGCCUUCCUGUUCCCUCCCCUCCAGUAGAGUUCCAGAUGUAUGUCUAUCCUUCAGGAUCUGCUAAGCAGCUUACAAGUUUUAAUUUACAAGAAUACAUCGUAAUAUUCAAAACAACAAACCCCAAACAAUAAUAAUUGUCAGCAGCAUAAAAACCAGACAGCACAGCAUAUAAAAGGACAGCCCCCCCCCCAUGAAAAGUGGGGGGACUCACUGUGCAUCCUGUUUUAUUUACUUCAUUUAUUAUUACUUUGUUUACCCACUUUUCUCUCCAAUGGGGACCCAAAGUGGCUUACCACAAUUGUCCCUUCUCAAUUUAUCCUCACAACAACCCUGUGAGGUAGGUUAGGCUAUGUGGCCAAAUGUCAACCAGCAACUUCCCAUGACAGAAUAGGGGUUUGAACCAGGAUCUCUCAGAAACUGAUACUCUAACAUGCUGAUACAUUUGUACUUUGCAAACAUACUUCUGGAACUGGCAAAAGGGAAAAGCAGCAGAUAGGGGGAGGAUUACGUUCUCUAUUCCGUCCACCCCUGCCCUUCUCUGCCCCAAAUUGUGCAUGUUAUUUUGCAGUAGAGGAGGCUUUAGUGAUAUACAUUUCAAUGUAAUGUGCAGUCCCUCUGUGAAUGUAUGUUUAAUGGCAAUUGGGGGAAGGGGCGAGACAGACUGUGUUCAGAUCACCUAUAAAUACAUCAACUGCUAUUGCAAAGGAAGGUGAAAAUCUGUGUGAUGGAAGAAAUCUCCCUCUAGCAAGUCAUGUUUUUAAGGUACAUCUCUAAAGAGAUGAUGUGGGGAGACUUGAAUUACUCUGAAGCAAUAUACAAAUUGUGCCUUUGUGUAUAUGAUGCAGAUAUGAUAGGAGGACCUUUUUAAAAUACAAAUGUUUCAGCCCUUCGGUGAUUGAGCUGGUAGGUAUUGUAAUACUGUUUAUAUAUCUUUAACCUUUGACUGGUACUGGUGGCUACCGUACCUUAAAAAAAACUCAA